UGAUAGUAAUGAAAAGUUACGUCUAUCGGAGUGGACAGGGGAUCUGAAUGGGUUAAGUUGUCUCUUUUUGACAUGGAAAGGGUUAAUAAAGCUCAUUUUAAAAGGCAGCUGCACAACACUUUUCAGAUGAUCUAUGAAGGUGAUAAAACCAGUGUAACAUGAUGGUGAUUUAAGAGGAAGUGAAAACAUAACCAGACUAGGAAAUGGGUGUAAUACUCUGUUUUUGACAUAAACUGUUACUCGACAAUGAUAUCACCAGGGGUUCUUAACUGAUACAUAAAAUAUUGGUUUUGACAUUGUGACAUUGGCAUCGAGAGGCUGAGUGAGGAGUAUCAUCUCCCACAAAAACAUUAAACGUCAUGUCUUCACACAUGACAUAUUUAGCAUGCUUGUUUGAGUCUCACACACACACUCUCAGGCUGCAGUCACCGGAGCGUGGCAGGAGGCAGGGGAGUGUACUGAAGCCUCAGCCUACAAGUUUUUUUGGUUAACUAGGAAAAUUAGAAACUGUCAUGCAAAUACAACAUAUGAUGACUGCUGUUGUAUCUCUUCAUCCACUUUCAUCGACCGUUUGCUGAGACUUUCAACAGACUUUCACCCAGCCCUGAAGACAUCAGCUCUUCUCUGAAAAGUGCCCAUGGAUCUCCUGCACACCUACAAGUGGCUAUGGGUGAUAAUAGCAAUUAUUUUUGCAAGUGGGGUGAUCAGUCUCAUCUUCAUCUUCAUCAACAAGUGCAUCUCCAGACAAGGAAAACACAGGAUCACACAGCUUCACAGAAGAUCUUCCAACCUCACUGUCAAGAGCAACAACUACCAGGAGAGAACCCCCAAAGACUUCACCCCAGCUUUACCUCCUCGGACACAGUUUCUCACAGAAGCAGCCCAAAGCUAUGAAAACCUGGCUGAGGACUACGAGGAGUGCACACCAGAAUACGAGCAGGUCAAGGGCGACUGUGAGCAGAGCACGCCUGACUACGAGCAGGACAAGGGCGACUACGUGCAGGGCAUCCCUGACUAUGAGCAGGACAAGGGUGACUACAAGCAGAGUAUGCCCGACUACGAGCAGGACAAGGGUCACUACGAGCAGAGCUUCCCUGACUACGAGCAGGACAAGGGUGACUACGUGCAGAGCAUCCCUGACUAUGAGCAGGACAAGGGCGACUACGAGCAGAGUAUGCCCGACUACGAGCAGGACAAGAGUCACUAUGAGCAGAGCUUCCCUGACUACGAGCAGGACAAGGGCGACUAUGUGCAGGACAUCCCCGACUACGAGCAGGACAAGGUUGACUACAAGCAAAGUAUGCCCGACUACGUGCAGGACAUGGACGAGCAGUCUGACUAUGUGGAGCCGGAGGAUGGGGAAGUACUUCUACCUCCUCCUCCUCCAUUGUUUGAGGAUCCAGAUCCAGUGGCAGGUUACUCCUCGGAGGACUAUGAUGACAUUGGAGGCGAGGAUGAAAACCAGGGAGAGGAGGACUACGACGAUGUGGGUUAAGACGAGGAGAAAACAAGAGAGAUAUUAUUCUGAAGUAAAAGACACUGUUGACUUUACUUAUCUGAAUCUUGCUGAGCAGACAGAUCAGAAAUGAACCUUACCACAGUUUUCUUUUUGACUGUAUUUUUUGAUAUUAUUCAUAAAAGAGAAAAGAACAAAUUAAGUAUCUGUAUUAUAUGUACAUAUUAAAGCACAGACGACAGGACUGAAGAGACCAAAAUCUGAAGAAAAUAUAGGUGGUAUUCAGACAACAGGGGCAAAAGGUUUUGAUUCUAGUCAUGGAACCUUCAGCUAAUUUAUUUUCCCUUUAACCACCAUUGUUUACAGGCUACAAGUCGUUGUGCUGAACAACCAUAUAGCGGUUAUGUGACACAUGUUGCAUAGUUUCAGUAUUUUUAAAUUGUAAACAAUGUGUGUGACUAACUGAUCUAACAACGGUGGUCUUUUUAUAUUUCUGAUUUAAAAGCUAAUAUUGUAAUCUACAUAUUUUUUAAAAAAUAUUUUGAUUUUUUUGUCAAAUAUAAUUUAAAGGAAUUAGUUAUAUGUUUUGCUUUCAUGCUGAGAGUUCCGUCAGAAGAUUGAUAUGACUCUCUAAAGUCGACUCUCUGAAAACAGGGGGAAACAGCAAGCCUGGCUUUGUCCAGCAUGUUAUGUCUCAGGCUGUUCUCAUGCACUGUUCGUACAUGUACGUAUGAAAAGUAAUGCACCAGAAGUCGCAUAUAUCCUAUGUAAUUGUGAAGGGUGUGAUUACAUGUCCAGUGCACUGAUGGGAAUAAAGAAGGAGGUAGUUUAAAGGCCAAAAUUCCACAUAAGAAGGCAGGUUGGGGUGGUGGAUAAGUCAAACAAACACAGGACUUUUCCCCAAGAGAUUGGUGUUUGUGUUUCAUAUGAAACCACAUUACUAAGUUAUUUUAAAGUACGUCAUUUCCAUAUUUCUUUUCCUUAACCAAACUUAUGUAACUUUAUGUUAAGGAUGCAAUGUGAUGAAUCCCGUCCAUGUUGCUGUUCCUAAGCCUAACUUAUGUAACUUUACUUUCCUAAACCUAAAUUAGAUACGCGGUUGCACUGCUGCCUAUGGGACGAGGGAGCCCAAAAAGAAAGUGGGCCCUCCAACUAUAUGUUCGGCAGAAAACAGGCCCUUGCAAUAGUUUAAACUGCCACCUAAGAAAUAUGGCUGUGUUAAAAAAACAACUCACAUUUAAUUAAAAAUUGUGUCGAGUGGUUUAUAUGCCUAUAUGACUAUGCCUUUAUAUGACUAUAAAUAAGUUAUAAAAACUGUUCAGUUAAAUGACUAAUUCCUUAUUUUCUUUGGUAUGUUUGUCCUAUAGAUAUAUGUAAUGAUGAUUUCCAGGUGAUAUGAAUGUUGGUGUUGUCAGGUCUCUGUUUGAUCAUGUGAUGAUAAGAUUACACUGUAGCUGGUUUAGGUGCCUUCAAUCAAAAUGUUUCCUGUGAAGAGGGUCUGUGGCUUUCUUUACAAACACGAUUUAAAACAUGUGAGUGCCUAAAAACAUCUUUAAUAUCCUUUAAGUUUCAGUGAAUAAUAUAUGCACUCCUCUUGGGUAUACUUUCACCCAUGUGAUUGUCUUUCUGGCUUAUUGUUUCAGCCUCUUGAUCCCUUUAGUUGGUAAAAUUUCCCAGAGGACUAUAAUCAUUUUCUUAGCUGUUCUCAAGUUCAUUUAUGCAUCAGAAUGGUUUGUGCAUUGAAGACAUUAAAGCUAUUAAAUUAUGCAAAAGUGGCACUGUAAUAUUAGGUUGUCAUUAGGGAAUAAAGGGAAUAAACUGC